AUGGGCCGCGCGUUCGCUUACGUGAUACUAGGCGGCGGCGUGGCCGCGGGCUACGCGGCGCUCGAGUUCGUCCGCCGCCGCAGUGACGGUGCCGCCGGCGAGCUCUGCAUCAUCUCCGACGAGACCGUUGCUCCUUAUGAACGUCCUGCACUAAGCAAAGGCUAUUUGUCCCCAGAAGGUGGUGCUCGCCUCCCAGCAUUUCAUACUUGUGCUGGUGCCAACGACCAGUUACUUACAAAUAAUUGGUACAGAGAACACGGUAUUGAGCUUAUUCUUGGAACGAAGGUAAUUUCUGUUGAUGUGCGCCGGAAAACAUUGUUUACUUCCGCUGGGGAAACUAUCAGCUAUGCAACGCUUAUUGUUGCAACGGGUGCUCGGGCCUUGAAGCUGGAAGAAAUUGGAGGGAACGGCUCAGAUGCUGAGAACGUCUGUUAUCUGCGCAAUCUUGAGGAUGCAGAUAAAUUAAUCCGUGUAAUGAGAUCAUGUCCUGGUGGAGAUGCCGUUGUCAUUGGUGGUGGAUACAUAGGAAUGGAAUGUGCAGCCGCUUUGGUUGCCAACAACAUAAAAGUUACUAUCGUCUUCCCUGGAAAACACUGCAUGGAAAAUCUGUUUACACCAAAAAUUGCUGAAUUUUACGAGAACUAUUACGCUUCAAAAGGAGUCACUUUUAUCAAAGGAACUGUAGUUUCAUCUUUGGCGAUCUCAUCUGGGAAGGUGACGACAGCAAUCCUGCGAGACGGCAGGCGCCUACCUGCUGACAUGGUCGUGGUUGGCAUCGGCGCGCGCGCAAACACAGCGCUCUUCGAAGGCCAGCUGGUCAUGGAGAAGGGCGGCAUCAAGGUGAGCGGGCAGAUGCGGACGAGCGACGCCUCCGUGUACGCCGUGGGCGACGUGGCCGCGUUCCCCGUCAAGCUCUUGGGCGCCGAAGUCCGCCGGCUGGAGCACGUGGACUGCGCGCGCAGGACCGCGAGGCACGCCGUCGCGGCGGCUCUGGACUCCUCGGGCGCCACCGGGGACAUCGACUACCUGCCCUUCUUCUACUCCAGGGUCUUUGCGCUGUCCUGGAAGUUCUACGGAGACAACACCGGGAAGGCCGUACACUUCGGGGACUUGGACUUCUCCGCUUCGUCUUCGUCCAAGCCCAAGUUCGGCGCGCUCUGGGUCAGCGCGGGCCGCAUCGCCGGCGCGUUCCUGGAAGGUGGGAGUCCUGAGGAGUACGAGGCGAUCGCGCACGCCGUGCGGCGCGGGACGGCCGUCCCGGACGUGGCCGUGCUCGCUCGGCAGGGCCUCGCGUUCAUUGUUCAGGAGGGCCAGAGCGGAGCUGCGCGGUCGCGUUCGGGUGGGCUUUGUGGCUGCGGCAACACGCCUAGCUACGCGUGGCACGCCACGGUCGGCGUGGCCGCAGCCGUGUCCAUCGCGGCGUUCGCGUACUGGUAUGGCUGGAAGGCGCCGUACCUGGCGAAGCGCGACUUCUGA